AUGAAACCGUUUGUUGUUGUUUGCACAGUAUUCCUUAUGUCAAUAAAGCAAGCAACAACCUGGCGAUCGCUUCCUGCGCCAAGUUCAUGCGAUUCAUCAAUAAUAUGUCCUCCACCAGUUAUAUGUCCACCUCGAAUUUGUCCACCAUGUCCACCGUCUUUUCCACCACCUAUUUCACCUCCUUCAUAUAAACCGGUUAGCGUGUGUUGUCAAACGUGCGUAUGUUCAGUACGUCGUAAACGUGAUUCAUCAAGUGGUAAUAAUACAAUGUAUGAAAUAAAUCCCAUCUGUAAUAAUGAUCAAUUAAUGGUAAUUAUGAAAAAGAAGAUUAGAACGAAUGCAACAGAGUCAACGUUUGCCAUAAAGAAAGCAGCUGAUUCUAUGCUGGGAGCAGAAUUUAACGUAUUUUGCGCAAUGAAUGAUUUGACACACGUGGCGUACGCAGAAAAUUUUUGUCAACAUAAAAAAGGCAAUGUUAUAUGCUUUGCUUACAAAAUUUGA